AUGAAUCACCAUCACACAAUAUUGAAUAGCUGUGUCUUCUCUUUAGAAAUGCUCGAUUGCUGUAAAGACCUGUGUAGAAUUCAAGAAGAAAAAGAACAAAUUAAUAAAAUAAACAUUUCUUGCCUUUACAGCGGAACAGAAACAGCAACAACAACAAAAACAUCGACGACGACGACGACAAUACGAAAUGUAGAAUACAUUAAGGAAAGCACGAAGCACAGCUUACCGGGAACAAAAUUAUUUCAAUUUGUAUGGUGA